AAAAUGGCCCAAACCAAGCAGACUGCUCGUAAGUCAACGGGUGGGAAAGCGGCCCGCAAGCAGCUGGCGACCAAAGCGGCCAGGAAAAGCGCCCCUUCUACUGGCGGGGUAAAAAAACCUCAUCGCUACAGGCCCGGGACUGUUGAGCUUCGAGAAAUCCGUCGUUACCAGAAAUCCACCGAGCUUCUGAUCCGGAAACUGCCUUUCCAGAGGUUGGUGAGGGAGAUCGCCCAGGAUUUCAAAACCGACUUGAGGUUCCAGAGUGCCGCCAUCGGCGCGCUGCAGGAGGCUAGCGAAGCGUACCUGGUGGGUUUGUUUGAAGAUACUAAUCUGUGUGCCAUCCACGCUAAGAGAGUCACCAUCAUGCCCAAAGACAUCCAGUUGGCUCGCCGGAUACGGGGAGAGAGAGCUUAAGUGAAUGUAGUUUUUAUGGUGUUUUGUAGUAAAUUCUGUAAAAUACUUCGGUUUAAUUUGUGACUUUUUUGUAAGAAAUUGUUUAUAAUAUGUUGCAUUUGUACUUAAGUCAUUCCAUCUUUCACUCAGGAUGAAUGCGAAAAGUGACUGUUCACAGACCUCAGUGAUGUGAGUACUGUUGCUCAGGAGUGACAAGUUGCUAAUAUGCAGAAGGGAUGGGUGAUAUUUCUUGCUUCUCAUGAUGCAUGUUUCUGUAUGUUAAUGACUUGUUGGGUAGCUAUUAAGGUACUAGAAUUGAUAAAUGUGUACAGGGUCCUUUUGCAAUAAAACUGGUUAUGACUUGA